CGAAAAAGGAUCGGAUUUGGGGCCAUAGGGGCAUAAGGCUGCUUGUCGACUGCGGCUGCGCCUACGGGUCUUGCCCAUCAUUUCGGUUUUGGUUCUAUUCAGCCCCAAAAAAAGCAUUCACUUCGCUGCUUGUUUCUAAUUUAAACAAUAACUACACGAUGAAGUCAAGGCAUACUCUAGUUUUGAGAUGGAGACUUUGCUUGUCAAAGUAACACAGAUUUGAUGAAAAUGGCCUUGUAUCAGGCGAGGAAAUGCUAUUUAAACAUGUUCAAUGUCCUCACAAUCAGUCUAUACAAUCCAACACAAACACAACUCAAUCAAUCAAUUCAUCAAUUCAUCAUUUCAUCAUACCACAAUCCAUUAAAUAAAGCAAGCCACCAUGGUCGCUUCCAAUUCUCUCCUACUUGUUGCCCUCACGGCUGCCACCGCCUUUGCCAGCCAGCCAACUCCCGGGUCUCAAAUACAAACGCAAUACUUCCAUUAUCAUCAGCCUGCCAUUGAGUCACAUGAAGGCAAAAUUCAGCAAAGAGACCCUGGACGUCUCUCGGGUAGUCUCUUGGAUAGUGAUCUCUCGAAUUUGCGUUCUAACUAUUGUGAUGGUUGUUCCGCCCCACAGUUCGAGCAAGCGAACCCCAAUAACCAAAAGAGGGAACUCCGGUAUCCUCUUAGGAUGGGCGACCGACCGAUUGUUGAGGCAAGACAAUAUGGCUUCGAUGAUGCAAAUCAGUUUCACAACCAGAAACGCCACGUGCCAUACCUUAUGGAAAAGCACGAACCGAGUGAGGAGUUGGUCCAGCCCCAAGAUGGAGCCGAGAACAGCGAUAAGAAAAAGAGGGUGGUGAUGCUUCCACCAGGGUCGCCAGACUAUGAACGGCAAUCGAAGUUCAUUGAAGAGGCAACGAAGGAGGGUUUGGCGAUUGCAAAGAGGGAGCCUAGCCCUGAACCAGAAGAUUUCAACAAGAGAGAGGAUGCUUCUGAGUCUAUCACCAAACCAUCGUGGACUGGAAAUGUCCCUCUUGGCAACAACCCACUCCCACAGAACCUGCCAUCUGAGCAGAAGCAAGGCAAUGAAAAGAGGGAACUCAAGGGGAAACUGGACGACCACAGAGUUCAAUGCUCUGGCAUUCUGGGGGUCUGUGACGAUUAUGGCCCUUCCUGGAGCAUCCUCGAGGACAUCAACAAGAAUCAUUAAACCUGAUGAUGCUCACUCUCGAUUCAUGAAAAUGAAGAUAUGGCUUUGACUCUUUUUCUUUCUUUUGUUUUGUUCUUUUGUUUUGUGAAUAGCAUAGCAUGGAUCGGUUAUUACUUUUAUGCAUUUGUUAUGUGUGUUUUUGGAAUUUGUAUUUUACAAGCGUGUCUGCAAAUGAAUUGAAAUCAUG